AUGUGUUCGGAAAGUGGUUUCGAUGGGUGCUCACUAUUUUUCCCUUCCGACUUCUUCGAUACUACUUGGCAUGAUGUCUUUAGUCGCUUCAUGUUCAACAACACAGUCACAGAACAAUGGCAAUACGUGAGGAAUGUCUCCGCGGGUGAAGCUAGUUCAGGUCUGGUAGAUCAAUAUAUGCCCUUCUAUGACAUAUACGACAAAAAUGUGCGCUGCGGUCGAGGGGCCUCAACUUCGGGUCCCGGGACGCAGACUGCCACUGUAGUAGCUGGCGAGGACGUCGGAUUUGUUGUUGGGAGAAGCGCAGAUGAACCGAUGCAGCCGUAUGUCAUAUAUCACAACGGUCCUGGACAAGCGUAUCUAUCCAAGUCCCCGACAAGCGAUCUGGAUCAUUACACCGGGGAUGGCGACUGGUUCAAAAUUGGUGCUUUAGUAGCUAAGAACGACACGUACUGGCUCACACGCGGUCAAACUGGGAUGAACUUUACAAUCCCAAAAACUACCCCUCCUGGGAAAUAUCUGCUUCGCGUUGAACAUCUAUAUGUCCAACCCUUCUUCAACUCGACUCAAUUCUACAUUAAUUGUGCACAAAUCAAUAUCAUCGGCCCUGGUGGUGGGAAACCGAAGGCGACUAUGUUGGUCAAGUUCCCGGGAGCGUAUGAUCUCUUCGACCAAAGUAUUUGGGUACCGAAUGAGUAUUACGACUGGCCCCCGAAGAACUUGAACAAGUACGUGCCACCAGGACCGCCAGUGUGGAAGGGCUAG